AUGUCGGAUUAUGGAGAGGGUGACGUGGACGCUAUCGUGUGUGACAAUGGAACUGGAAUGGUCAAGGCGGGAUAUGCUGGAGGUGAUGCCCCAACAUGUGUGUUUCCAAGCAUUGUGGGUCGUCCCAGACACGAGGAAGUGAUGUUUGGAAUGGGUCAGAAGGAUUGCUUUGUGGGAGACGAAGCUCAAGCCAAGAGAGGUAUGCUAACACUUAAAUACCCAAUCGAGCACGGUAUCGUUAGCAAUUGGGAUGACAUGGAGAUGAUUUGGGACCAUACUUUCUCCAACGAGCUGCGUGUGGCUCCUGAAGAACACCCCGUGCUUCUCACCGAAGCUCCUCUUAACCCAAAAGCCAAUCGCGAGAAGAUGACUCAGAUCAUGUUUGAGAGCUUUGGUGUUCCAGCUAUGUACGUCGCCAUUCAGGCCGUUCUCUCUCUCUUUGCCUCUGGUCGUACAACUGGAAUUGUGUUGGAUUCAGGAGAUGGUGUAAGCCACACAGUUCCAAUCUACGAAGGUUACGCCCUCCCACACGCGAUCUUGCGUCUAGACCUAGCAGGCCGUGACCUAACCGAACACCUCAUGAAACUCCUCAUGGAACGUGGAUACACAUUUACAACAACAGCCGAACAAGAGAUCGUCCGAGACAUGAAAGAGAAACUAUGCUACGUAGCUCUCGACUACGACCAAGAAUCGCAGAUUGCUAGUAGUAGCUCGGCAAUCGAGAAAACCUACGAGCUUCCCGAUGGGCAAGUGAUUACGAUAGGAGACCAGAGAUUCAGGUGCCCUGAGGUUCUUUACCAGCCGUCUUUGAUCGGGAAGGAGUCUCCCGGUAUUCACCGGACGACUUACAACUCGAUCAUGAGGUGUGAUGUGGAUGUAAGGAAGGAUCUCUAUGGAAACAUUGUGAUGAGUGGUGGUUCGACAAUGUUCGAAGGGAUUGGUUAUAGGAUGACAAAAGAGAUUACAGCGCUUGCACCGGCUAGUAUGAAGGUUAAAGUUGUGACUCCUGCGGAAAGGAAGUAUAGUGUUUGGGUGGGAGGCUCCAUUUUGGCUUCUCUCAGCUCUUUUCAUCAGAAAUGGAUAACUAAGGAUGAGUAUGAGGAACAUGGAGCGGCGAUUGUUCACAGGAAAUGCUUUUAA